UUUGUUCCAAGCAAAAACCAAAUGACCUUUUAAAAGAAAAAAUCGAGACGGGAAGUUUUUUUUCUUUUUUAGCUACCAAAUACGGGAAAGUGAAAAGUGCAAGCGAAAGGCGGCAAGCGGAGAGUGAGAGAGGUGGAGAUGGCAACGACGGUGGUGAAGAGCGCAUUGGGGGCGAUCCGAAAAAGAGGUCUCCCCACUUUUUUAAGUGAGCUUAAGGAAGACGGCUUUACGAAAUGCAUCUUCGAUGGAAAGCUUCUGCAAACCAAAAUCCACAACAUAGGGGCAACACUUGUGGGCGUUGAUAAAUUCGGCAAUAAGUACUAUGAGAAACUUGGGGACACACAAUCUGGAAGACACAGGUGGGUUGAAUAUGCCAAGAAGGAUCGCUACGAUGCUUCUCAGGUACCACCAGAAUGGCAUGGUUGGCUUCACUGCAUAACUGAUCACACAGGAGAUGAGCUUUUGAUGCUAAAACCUCAGAGGUAUGGGGUUGAGCACAAGGAAAACUUAUCUGGUAAGGGUAAUGAGUUUAUCUACCAUUCUAAAGGACAUGCACUUAAUCCUGGUCAGAGAGACUGGACAAGGUACCAAUCAUGGCAACCCUCCGAGGCUGAGUAAUCUCGAAAGCCAACGUCCUUUUGACUUUGCAAGCUCCUGAUAUUUCACUUUGUUUUUGAUAAUAAUGUCUUGCAUUUGACUCAAAUAAGAGCUUUAUACAUCUAUUUACUGCAACAAACUUCAAACUAUCAAUUUGGUAUUUGAUCAAAUUGAAUCCAAUAAGUUCAUUUCAUCAUCUGAUUUUAUUCCGAGAUAAAGC